AUGAACUUCACAAAUUUCAAGAACAAGGAUUUGGCAUGUUUCGGUUUUACCGCUAUCGUGCUGGUAGUGUGCUUCACCCUGAUCUCGAUCUACUCGGGUUUCGUGCACGAGCCACAUAGAUUCAAGACGAUGAUGGUAACCAUAAUUUUGGUGUUCUUCAUUUACUAUGUCAUCUACGAACCCAUUCGGUACCUUGUGAUGGCCAUCGAUUAUGCCACAUGGCCGCAGAAGGACCAGCCCCACAAGCCGGAGAAGAGAAUGACCAAGCAGAGCCGCAUCGCCUAUUUGAAGAUUCGAGUUCGCAGUCUUCGUUCGGAGCUCGUGAUUACCGAGGCCCACCAGAACGAGGCGCUGAAUCAGAGGUACAAACGCAUUGCUGGCGACCUUCUCCUCUAUGGGUCUUACUUUUUGGCCCUAAUGAUAAUGGUGGUGAUGCAGGAAAACCAGUUUCAUUACUACAACACAAACAACAUGGUACGUCUCUUUUCGGACAACACCUCGGAAACCUAUGGCCUGUCGGAGGUAUAUUUCAUCUACCAGAUCUACAAUUUUCUCGAGAUUACCAUGGUGGAAGCCUUCUUUUCGCCAAACGAAUUCGGUUACGAUGGAUGGUGGGCCAUGGAUCAGUGGCAGACGAUUGGGGUGGUGCGUUUGCGACAGAUGCGACCUGUGAGCAGUCGUUACGGAUUGGGCACGCCCAAGUGGGACACAACCACAUAUGCGCCCGAGUGGCGACUCCCCUACCAUAGGCUGCAUUAUACCGACAAGUUCUGGCGUAUAUAUGACCCCUUUCGGCCAGCUCACUUCGAGUUUAGUUUUCUAAAUGGCCUGCUGCUCACUUUCAAUCACUAUGGCUAUUUGCUGAACUAUCCGGAACUCGCUGGUUACGUAGUACUGAUGAUGGGUACAAAAACGCACUGCCUGAAGCAGGUUGAAUACCUCAGAACAAAUGGAUGGGUGAACCAAAAUACCUCGGCUCUUUUCAUUGACUUCACAAUGUACAACGCGGAUGCGAAUGUGUUUACGGUGAUCACUUUGCGUGUGGAGAACUCUCCGUUUGGCACCCAGAUAUCCCGAGUGAAUGUGGACACGGUGAGAAUGCUCGGAUCUGUGGAAAACAGGACAAAUUUCGAGAUUUUUUGGCUGUGCAUUUACACCAUUUUAGUCCUUGAGUUUGGACGAGGAGUUGUCUCUAAGGUCUGGCAUGAUCCGGAGGCCUACCACCAAGCCUGGAACAUUGUGGACCUGACUAUUUGUGCGCUAAACAUUGUUAUGUUGGGUUUAACUGUUUUGCGCGACAUCGAGACGGACCAUCUUCUCGAUAUGAUCGAGACCUAUACCAAGGGGCAGUACCUAGAUUUCCAGCGUCCGUUGCGAAUACACCAAAUACUGUCCAUUGUUGAGGGCUUCUUGGUCUGCAUCACCACUCUGCGGCUCUGGAAAGUGCUGCAGUUCGCUUCCGUCUUCCAGCACUUCACCCGCACGCUAUUCUCAGCAUGGCGAGCCGUGGUAAGCUUGGGUGUUAUCAUCCUAAUCCUAUUGAUGGGCAUCGGCAUCGCGUUGGCCGUUCCAAAUGGGAACAACGCGGUGUUCUUUCAUCACAUUAUUAAGUCCGUUGUCACCUGUAUGUGGUACUCCGUUGGCUUUAAUGCAGGCAUCGUACCCUCGGACUUCUUCCACGGAGGUCGAAUCCUGGGAAUUCUGCUUUACAUGAUCCUAGUCUUCCUGAUUGCGAUUAUCCUGAUGAAUGUGUUCGCCUCCGUCAUCUACGACUAUUUUAAUGAGACGGGCAGGGAAAUAAAGGAACAAGCCAACCGGAGCCACAUAACUUUCUGGGAGUUCCUCCGCAUCGAGUAUAUGGAUGUAUCCCAAAGGUUCUUUCGAUGCAUUCAUAGAAAGUACGAACGCCGUGGUCGAACUGUGGCACAGAAUGUGGAACUGGAGCUAAAGAAGCAGGAGGAGAAUAAUAAAAACAGAGAAGCCACGAAGUCCCAGUUUGGUUUUCGUAAGGAAAAGUUCUCUGACGAGGAGUGUCAUGCCGAUUACGUAAGACGCGGAGAGCGGAUGUUCAAGCUGAUGGCCAUCCUUAAUGUUCAGGUCGAGAUCUUAGAACGCUUGGUGUUGGGUGACGAAGAGGGGAAUAUUCCCUCACCACCAGCAUCGGAUUCCGAUCCCGAGGAUAUUCCAGAAAUGUAUCGGAAGCGUCCCACUGCUCAACAAAGGCAAAAAUAUUAA